CUGCUCUCCGCGUGGCGGGUCCGCCAGUGCCACCCGGGAGGGGAGAGGAGAGGAGCGUGGAGAGUGAUUCUUUCGAAUCGGGGCAAGGCGCGUGUGGGAGCAUGAAGGACUCUUGUGCGUCUCCGUCCUCGUCGUCGUCGGCGGUGCUGCGGGCGGGGGAGCUGGAGAAGCGGAGCGCGAGCCUGCUGCAGCUGUGGAAGAAGAAGCGGGCGGAGCUGCGGGCGGACGGGCUGAGCCUCUUCUCCCCGGAGGGCGGGAAGGGGGCGGCGGGCGGGGGCCUGGGCGGCGGGAGGAAGGAGCUGCGCUUCGGCGCCAUCCAGAAGGUGGACUGCGUGGAGCGGACCGGCAAGUACGUCUACUUCACCAUCGUCACCACCGACCGGAGGGAGAUCGACUUCCGCUGCCCCGGGGAGAGCUGCUGGAACGCCUCCAUCACCCUCGCCCUCAUCGACUUCCAGAACAAGCGCGCCCUCCGGGACUUCCACAGCCGGCGGCAGAAGGAGGAGGAGGAGGAGGAGGAGCAGGCCACGGCGCGCGCCCCCCACGCCAAGCCGCCCACGCGCCGACCCAGGCUCGCCCGCGCCUCCUGAGCCACACGAGCUUAGCUUUGGAUGGCAAACAAGAUCCAGUUGCCUUGGACUGGGAUUCAUUUGCACUGGAAGAAGGUACCAAUGAAGGAAAGCAAAGCCGGGUGCCAAAAGCUAGAUUUCAUCAAAUCUGAUGCUGCUGAGCAGAAUAAUCAGGUUUUCACCAAAAGGCAUUUACUGACCAAAGAGACUUAGAAAACACAUGGUCUGGCUAACGGAAAAGGAGACCAGCUUGUAAACUACUGUUCAUUUUCUAUUUAUAAAAUGCAAAGACUGCUCAACGUCUCCAGAUGGGGAAAAGAACAUAAUUUAUAUUAUUUGUAGGAUCUGUCUUUUGUAUUUAUUUUUGUUGACUGCCUUUCAAGGAAGCACCUGUCUUUAUGUUGCUUUUUUCCUUUGAUGUGGCCAUUCCAAAUAAAUUAUGUGAAAUGUUCACUUUA